GCGAGGAAUAAUACAUUCCCUAACGUUCCUAAAAAAAAUUACCAUUCACAAGGAAUAAUAAUUCUCUCUUAUUCCCUUUCAUUCCCUUUUUGUAGAGAAUUAAAGAACAAAAUUAUUCCUUGUUAAAUUUGAUAAGGAACAGUCAUUCAUUUACAUUCCUGCUAUUUUAUUUCCAUAUAUUCUUUUUUUAUUUGUUCCUCUUGUUUCCCGGAUGGUCACCAGUCAGACCCUAACGAUGAAUACUUUUGUUCUUUAUUUUCUCUAUAAAAAAAGGAAUGGUAGGGAAUGAGAAGAAAAAUUUAUUCCUUGUGAAUGGGGAUAUUUUUUAGGAACUUUAAGGAAUGCAUUAUUCCUCGCCGUUCCCUGGUCACCAUUCAUAUAUAUAAUAGAUGAGUUUUUACUCACUCCUCAGCCUAUCCACCUCAGCAUGGGGGUCCCACUAAAUUUCUAUGUAUUAAAAAAAACUCUAUGUUUAAAAUUGUUUAAUAGCGAGUAUAGGUUAAUAUCUAAUGGGCUUCAUCAUAGAAAUUAAAGAAAAGACCCAAUUGAAAUCUAUUAUUUUUUCUUAGUUCCGUAAGCGUCGUCUUCCUAGGAGAAAAAAAAAUAGGGCUUUCCUCCAUUGCUUCAGACAAAUUUCAAAACACAGAGUGACUCUUUGUAUUUUUGAUUGCAGUUUCUCUUCCUAAAUCUCUACAUCUCCUCGCCUUUAAUCAAUUCACAAUUAAUGGUCCUGAUUCGUAACCCCUUCGUGAACCUUCCUUAUAUAUUCUUACUCUUCAAAGGAGAAACUUUUCAACUAAAAACUCAUCGAUUCAUAUACCUUAUAACAUCUCCUCGAAAAUGGUCUCUCUACUGCCCCAGAUCCUCAAACCGGCCUCCGCCACUCAACCUUCGACUCUCUCCGGCUUGGUCGUACUAUUCAGUUCAUUGUUGGCCACCUCUUCCGUUUCUGGGAUUUCCACAACAUCAAGAAAGACGGUGAGUUUAUGGGAAUCAUGCUUCGCUUUCUUGACGAAAAGGUAACGACAUCCUCGAUCUGUCACCACUUAUCUAUUAGGACUGUCUUUAAUCGAUUAUCUAACUCUUGCUUCAAUAAUCUCUCUGUUUCAAUCUGCAUAAUUCCGUGAGAAAAAAAUUGUGUUUGUGUUUUGUGUUUUGCGUAUCGCCGGAAAAACCUACAUCUCCAAGUAAAUUUCUCACUUUCCUUCUUUGGCUAUACGAUUCAUAACCUUUUCCAUAGAAUUGAUCGAGGUCUAAGAGAGAUUUUGAUCCCGUAGAGAUCAAUUGUCUGUGGAUGAUGUGAAGGUUUACAUUGCCGUUGUGGAAAAACCCAGUGAUGCUUUCCCCAGUGCUAGCAAGUGGUACGAUUGCCUUUUUCCCUGGAAAAGCUGUUGGAGUGUCAAUCGGUUGCUAUGCUGCUCCUGCUCAAGCUGAGGCACCUGCAGCUGAUGACGAUGAUGACAUGGAUCAUUUUGGUGACGAGACUGAGGAGGAAAAGAAAGCUGCAGAGGAGAGGGAGGCUACUAAGAAGGACACCAAGAAGCCCAAAGAGAGUGGAUAGUCAUUUGUGCUCAUGGAAGUAGAGUCAUUCGAUGAUGAGAUGACAUGAAGAAACUGGAAUCGAAACUGAGUGUAAGCUAUGAACUAUUUGUGUAGGCAGCUUUCUAAUUGGUUCUUUUCUUCUGUUUUUUUGUUGCAGAAAAACUGGUACCAGUUGGUUACGGUGUCAAGAAGCUCACGAUCAUGCUCACAUAAUAUUGAGCUUACAGGCCCAAAGUUUAACCGACCCAAACAAUUUAGUAUUUGUGAGGAAAAAGUUACUAUUUUGUAAUCCAUUAACGACCAAAAAAACUAUGGCAUGCAAUUUUUACUACGGUUUAUUUAAAUUUUAUUUCAAAA